GAACAUAUAAAACAAGUACGCGAAGCGUUCACCGUUUAAUAGUCGUUCGAAUUCAGUAGAAGGCAGAACUUCGAUUUUCUACUGAAACGAUUCGGAAGAUGCGGCUUUGGAGUAUCAGGUGUUUGUCGGCGGUGGCGACGGCGACAGUGGGGUGUGCGUUGCUGGCGUUGUCGUUAGUCAUUUGUUGUGACGCCGCGCAUGCACAUCAAGUGGAAAAUGCAAAUAGAUUGGAAGCAGUGGAUUAUGAAUCACCUGCUCUGAGUCCGAUUGGCCCACCACGCCCAAAGCGUUCGCCGGGCGGAGGCGGUGGUGGUGGUGGUGGGUAUGACGGUCAACCGGGUCAACCCGGUUAUGGUAGUUAUGGUGGUCCUGGUGGACCUGGAGGAGGUGCUUUUGGUGGUGCUGGCGGACUCGGCGGUGGUGCCGGCCAACCUGGACAGCCCGGUUAUGCUGGCGGUGCGGGUUACGAUGGUUACGGCGGUUCUGGUGGUGGAGGUUAUGGUGGUUCUGGCGGUUCUGGCGGUGGAGGUUAUGGUGGUUAUGGCGGUGGCGCAGGUCAACCGGGACAGCCUGGUUAUGGCAGUUAUGGAGGCCGUGGUGGGAAUGGAGGUGGUGAUUUUGUUGGUGCUGGAGGACCCGGUGGAGGUUAUGGUGGUUACGGUGGUUACGGUGGCCAACCAGGUCAACCCGGGCAGCCUGGUGGAUAUGGUGGUGGAGGCGGUGGCGGCGGUGGCGGCCGCGGUGGCGGCGGUGGCGGUCGCGGUGGCGGAGGUGGAGCUGGCGGUGCUCCAGGAUAUCCUGGUUCACCAGGCGGUUAUGGCAAAUGAAAUGUUUAUAUUUGUUUAUAAUAUACAAAUGAUUAAUUCCCAUAAAUUAUAUGAUUUAUUUAUCUUGAUAAUGACGGCAUUUUUUAGGUGUG